AUGGAGUUGGAAACCAGGUUGCAGAAGGUCAAGAAGACAGUGAAAGGAAAUAAAGUGGAGGAACUUUUUGUAAGCAGUCUUCUCAAGAAGUUUAACCAUAAAAAGAAGGAAAGAUUAAGGGAGAGUUUUUUUGAGGAUGGAGGAGACAUAGCAGUAUUGUCAGAUGCCUUCAACAAAGAUGAAAAUGACAUAAGAUCAGCUAAUGCACUGACGCCUUUGCAAUGCACAGCUGUUUCUGUCAGCGUGUCAACAGGAAAUAACAGGAUUGGGUACCCAGCCCCCCAUUUUAGAACUAUAGCUGCUAUGACAGAUGGAAAGUUCAAAAAUAUCAGCCUUUCUAACUACAAAGGGAAAUAUGUCACAUUCUUCUUUUACCUCUUGGACUUCACCUUUGUAUGUCCUACAGAGACUAUAGUAUUCAGUGAUCCACCUGAAGAAUUUGAAAAACUUAACUGCCAAGUGAUUGGUGCUUCAGUGGAUUCAUACUUCUGUUACCUUACCUGGGUCAACACUCAAAAAACAAGUGUGUUUGUGUGUGACCCCAAACAUAUCAUUGUUCAGGAUUAUGGAGUCUUAAAAGAAGAGGAGGGAAUUUCAUUCAAAGGUCUCUUCAUCGUUGAUGAGAAGGGGAUCCUUCAUCAGAUCACCAUCAAAGACCUUUCUUUGGGCCACUCUGUGAAUGAGGCACUAUGGCUAGUCCACUCCUUCCAUUUCAUAGACAAGCAUGGAAAAGUAUGCUGUAAUGGCUAG